AGGGAGCGCCACCACCUCCCAGCCACUGCUGCGCUGGCUGCAGACACAGGCCGCACAAUGCGGCUGUCCCUCCUGCUCUGGGCCCUGCUGCUGCUGGCGACAGCCCCUGGCCCAGGCCCCUGGCCUGCAGCAGGUGCCCAGGGGAGCUGCUCCCACCGCUGUGGAGUCCGGGAUGGGCCGUGCUCCUGCCACCCAACCUGCUUCGGCCUGGCCAGCUGCUGCUCGGACAUCCAGAACUUCUGCCUGGAGGUCUCUCCCUACUCGGGCUCCGUGAUGGGCGGCAAGGAUUUUGUGGUGCAGCACCUCAACUGGUCCAACCCCACCGAGGGUGUGAUCUGCAGCUUUAAGGACAGCAUCCAGACCCGCGGCUUUGUGGACCCCUCGGGACGCGUGCACUGCGUGUCGCCCUUGCUCUAUGAGACUGGCCGCAUCCCCUUCACGCUCUCCAUGGACAAUGGCCGCUCCUUCCCACGCUCUGGCAACUGGCUGGCCGUGCAUCCCAGUAAAGUGUCAGAGUCGGAGAAGAGCCAGCUGGUGAAUGAGACCCGCUGGCAGUACUACGGCACGGAAGGCACCCUGGGAAACCUCACCCUGACCUGGAACACCUCGGCUCUGCCCACCAACUCCAUCACUGUCGAGCUCUGGGGCUACGAGGAGACGGGGAAGCCAUACUCAGAGGCAUGGACAGCAGUGUGGUCAUACCUGUACCCCUUGGCCACUAACAUCCCCAACUCCGGCUCCUUCACCUUCACACCACAACCUGCCCCUCAAAACUUCCAGAGGUGGAAAGUGGGUGCCCUUCGCAUCAUCAGCAGCAAACACCACGUGGGGGAGAAGGAUGUGCAUGCACUCUGGACCAACGAGCAUGCACUGGCCUGGCACCUGGGCGAUGACUUCAGGGCUGACCCUGUGGCCUGGGCCCGUGCUCAGUGCCUGGCCUGGGAGGAGCUGGAGGAUCAGCUGCCCAACUUCCUGGAGGAGAUUCCCGACUGCCCCUGCACCCUGGCCCAGGCCCGGGCUGACUCUGGCCGCUUCCACACGGACUAUGGCUGUGACGUGGAGCAUGGCAGCGUGUGCACCUAUCACCCAGGGGCUGUGCACUGCGUUCGCUCCGUGCAAGCCAGCUCCCAGUACGGCUCAGGCCAGCAGUGCUGCUAUACGGAGACCGGCUUGCAGCUCCUUACAACCGACUCCACCGGCGGCAGCACCCCGGACCGUGGCCACGACUGGGGCGCACCCCCUUACCGAGUGCCACCCCGCGUGCCCGGCCUCUCCCACUGGCUCUAUGAUGUCAUCAGCUUCUACUACUGCUGCCUCUGGGCGCCCGAGUGCUCGCGCUACAUGCAGAGACGGCCCUCCAGUGACUGCCGCAGUUACCGGCCCCCGCGCCUAGCCUCCGCUUUCGGUGACCCACAUUUCAUCACCUUUGAUGGCACCAAUUUCACAUUCAAUGGACGCGGCGAGUACGUGCUGCUGGAGGCCGGGCUGACCAACCUGAGGGUACAGGCACGGGCCCAGACCAGAAUGACACCUGAGGGCUCUCAGGACCGAGGCACGGGGCUGACUGCCGUGGCCAUCCAGGAGGGCAACUCAGAUGUAGUGGAGGUCCGGCUGGCUGGUGAGUUCCUGCAGGUGCUGCUGAACCAGGAGGUUCUCAGCUUCGCGGAGCAGAGCUGGAUGGACCUGAAGGGCAUGUUCCUCUCAGUCGCUGCUGGGGACAAGGUAUCAGUCAUGCUGUCAUCGGGGGCCGGCCUGGAGGUCAGCCUCAAGGGUCCGUUCCUGAGUGUGGCGGUCCUGCUGCCUGAGAAGUUCCUGACCCACACGCGAGGCCUCCUCGGGACCCUCAAUAAUGACCCCGCAGAUGACUUCACCCUGCGCAAUGGCCAGGUCCUACUCCCUAGUGCCAGCUCCCGAGAAUUGUUCCGGUUUGGGGCUGACUGGGCUGUGGAGAACGCCUCCUCCCUGCUCACCUAUGACUCCAAGGUCCUGGUGGAAAACUUCCUGCUCCAGCCCAAGCAUGACCCCUCUUUCCUGCCCCUCUUCCCUGAGGAUACCACCUCCGGCUCCAGCCAGCCGACUGAGGUGGCUGAAUUGUGCGGGGACAACAACUUCUGCAACUUCGAUGUGGCGGCCACCGGGAGCCUGAGCGUGGGCAAUGCCUCACGGGUGGCCCACAUGCAGCAUCUGUUUCGUGUGCAGAGCCUGCAGCCGGUGGUGUCCUGCGGCUGGCUGGCCCCACCCUCCUACGGGCACAAGGAGGGCGUGAGCUACCUGGUGGGCUCCACCAUCCACUUUCACUGUGACAGAGGCUACAGCCUGGCUGGAGCGGAGGCCAGCACCUGCCAGGCUGAUGGCACCUGGUCCUGGCCCACCCCCACCUGCCAGCCAGGACGGAGCUACACAGUGCUGCUGAGCAUCAUCUUUGGAGGCCUGGCAGUGGUGGCUCUGGUCGCACUCAUUUACGUGCUCCUACGCCGCAGGAAGAGCAGCAGGGCCAUCUGGGGUUCGCAACCCUGAGGGCAGCACGCUUGGCCAGCAGCCUGAGACACUCGGGGCCAAGGACCAGCCUCCCAAACUCCCAAGAACGCGCAACCCAGUAUUUCAUCUCUAGAUCCCCAAUGCUCACACCUGGGCCCCACAUACCUGGGACCUGAGCCUUUAAUGCCCUCCCGUGGAGCCAAGUCCCGGUGCUCCCCUAGGUCACCAAAGACCCUGGACCCCAAGCUCAAACUGUGGAGUUCCUGAGCCCCGUUCCCUGCAUACCUAUGGCUCUAAUUCCUCAGGCCUUAGACUCCUUACUCUUGAAUUCUGAGGCCUAUCUCUCGAGCCUUAAUACUUAGCACCUGAUAUUCAAAGACCAGUAAGUACGGCAGAUCCCAAGCCCAGGACCCUGAUACCAAUUGUACUGAGUUCUGGGGCCCCAGCAGGGAGCCCCAGGGCCGAACUGCCUUGAUUCACAGACCCUGGGUCUGGCCUGAGGUUCUAGGUGGGUCCAGCCUUGGCGGUGGAGAUUCACCCUCUAAGCUCCAGGCUUGUGCCUCUUAAGUCUUCUGGAACAUCUCCUGAAACACCCCUUCUUGCCUGUAGGGGGAGCAAACAAGCAUUUUGUGCCCCUUCCCUGCUGUUGAUGCUCAUGCUGUGCUCAGAGCAACCUGGUUCUUAGGCCUUCAUCCAUUGCCAGGUCACCUGGGACAGGUCUCUCCAUCUGGAAAGUGGAAUCUAGAACCAUGACCACAUAGUGUGGGGUGGAGGAUUCUCCAUGGAGGAUUCUCCACGCUGGGCUGGAGAAGGGACAGGGCUGGUCAGCCCACCCUCCAGUGUGGGCGCUUGCCCCUCACCCCGCAGCAAGCUGGCAACCUGGCCCUGGGCGCCUCCCUACCCUGCCCCGGCAUGGCCCCAGAGGCAGUCUGGUAAUGUUGUGCACAGCUGGUCUAGGUCUCCAGGUCCUCUGCUCAGGUGUGUCCAGAAGCUCGUCCAGGCCUCUGCUAUUGCUGCCUGCUUUGUGGUGAAAGUGGUGAAUGGGGGCAGUGGGAGGGUAGGAUGGGGUCAGAUUGGCAUCAUAAGUCUCAGAUGGAGAAAGCUCUGGGAAGUGCAGGGUUGGAGGUUGAUGCCCCCUGGCCAGGGCAGGGCUCAGCCAGAGUGGAGUGAGGUGAAGGGGUUGCCCAGGAGAUCUAGAGCCCUGGGUUGGGAGGCUGUGGUGGAGCUCACUCCCUGUAUCCUGCAGUGCCCAGAAUGGCCACGUGGCGGGAGCAGAGGGUAAGAACAGUGCCGGUGGAGGCUAUAGGGACCCAGGCCCUGACGGAGGGCAGUGCCGCUGGGCCAGCAGGCUUGUGGUCACAACUUGGCCAAAGCUCGUGCUGGCCCACCUUUUCAUCUCCCCUCAUCUGGGGGGCCUCGAGUCAUCCCUCAGUCGCAGAGAGGUUGUUCAGUUUACCCAAGGUUGUCCAGCGGGCAGUGACCACUUAAAUCAGAGUCUGGGCCUCCUUCCCUCCACAGCCCCACCUUUGGCAGAGGGUCCUGGCCAGAGGUGGGGGCUGGGUGGCAGUGGCAGAUCCCAUCUGGAGGGACUCCUGGAGUCUGCACGAUGGGGCACAUUUGAAAGAACAGAGCUAGGACUGGGGUUGGGGGAGUCCUGGGGGCAAAGCUUCUGGAGGAGGGGGAUAGGCUCAGUGCUUCCUGUCUUUCCAGACCCCACCCCCUGCCUCCCCACCUCUGGGCUCCAGCUCAGGACAGGAGGGCUAAGGGCCAGCCCCUUGGCCCCUGGGCAGGUACUUUCCUCUCUGCAGAUGAGGUAAGGCCAGGCUGACCUGCCCCCGAGCCUGAGUCCCCAGCACCUCCCUUGUGCCACCCGGCAAGGCACUUGCCAGUGGGUCAGGGGUCACUUUCCCAGUCAGGGAGGCCAGAACAUAAGGGAGGAGCACACAAGGGCCCAGGACGGCAGGGGCAGCUUCACACCUGCCAGUCUGGCCUCCAAGAAUGGGUCGAAUUCUCAAUGUCAGAGGGCUUUCCAGGUAGAGGAACAGCCUGAGCAAAGGCUCGGAGGAGGGGAAGUGCAAUCAUGUCUGAGGAUCAGAGGUGCCUCCCCUGCCAGGUUUCAUUCUCAGGGUAAAGCAUGGCCUCCCUCAGGCUCCCCACCCCACCCUUGCCCCACAGGACAGGCCCUGGAACUGCCCCUCUCCCCAGACUGAAAAGGGAUCCAUUGUGGCUCUGGCCACAGACAUCACGCGUUACCAGUGCUGGGCCAGCCAGGCCGGGAAGUCCCAGCACCUGGCAGGGUUUUCCCAGGGACUUCUAGAGAGUCUAGGGUGCAGCUGCGCCUGUGUGAGCACACGCACAGUCCCAGAGCCAGGCAUGGACUCCCUAGAGACAUCAAGUUUGGGACCCUGGCCUCAGGUGGUCUUCCCAAACCUCAGCCCCAGAGAAUGUUGGCACCAAAACCCAGUGGCCAGUCCUUGGUACCAUCAGGGUUUGGGACACAGUAAUCCAGGUGAUGAGUGAGCUGGCAUGUCAAAUAGGAGCCAGUGAGACAGCACAGGAUCCCUGCAGCACCUGGGCGAGGGACAAAGGGAGGAGGCUGCCACGGAGCCAGGCCAGGUCCCCGGGAAAGAGAACCAUGCAGGCAGCAGCCCCGUCACGGGCUCCAUGGCGGAAGCACCCACUUCCCCUGCAGCAUCCUACUUGGGCUUCCUGUUGCCUGAACAGUGGCUGUCCACUGAUGUGGGGGAGAGGGACCAAGGUGGGGAGCAAGGGCCCCUCCCCUGCCAGGCUGCCUCCUCUCACAAGUCCCAGGUGACCUACGGGCUGCCCUGGGCCAGGCCUCUGCUGGGAGACCCCAGUCCCCGUGCCGGUGGUCCACGCAGCUCAGGAGGAGGGGGUGGACACUGCAGUGCAGUACAUCGUGGGAGCCGGAGGUCAGUGAGCAAGGGCUUCCUGGAGGAGUCUGGCUUCAGCUGAAUUUAAAAGGACAAAAGCCCUUAGGGAAGUGGGGUUGAGUAGGUGCCUGCCAGCAACCCAGCAGCCACACUGCCCCGGCGCCUUGUCUGAAAGCACUGUACUACCUUCCCAGCAGCCCUUGCAGUUGGCACAGUCAUGUGACUGGUUUCUGGCAAAAGAGGUUGGGGCAUUUCCAGGGCUGGCCCUUAACACGUCCACAGGCACCCCCUCCAAGCCCUUCCCUCUGCUCCUGCUGAUGCGUGGGUGACUUUGGAGGUGUGCCAGCCUGGAUCCCCAGCAUGUCCAAGGAUCCUCUGAUGCCACCUGUUCACCUAUCCGGUGUGGCUUCGGGAACAAGAAAUAAACGUCCCUUGUGAGGAAGA